AUGGCUCCUUCCGUUCGUGGAACAUCAACUCGAGUCAGUAAACGACAAGCCAGCGUUCGCACCAACGCCAAAGUUUCAAAAGUCAUCAGGAAUUACCCAAUCUUGGAGGAGGAAUUGGAAGAGGUUGCUCUCAAACAAGCGGCCGUUUCCACGAAAUCGGUCAGACAGACGGGCAAGCACAUCCCUAAGCGCAAACGCGAUGAAGUCGAGGACGACAGCGAGGCAGAACCAGUAGCUGCACCAGCCAGCUCCAUCAAGGUGAAGAAGGCCAAAGUGCAACUCCCAACACCUCCCUCGAGCCAAAGACAGAGUCCGGUUGACCAUGAACUGUCUCCGACGCUCACUUUCCGCCAGCUUUCGCUCGACCCCCCGUACGCUGUCCGGUCGCAGGAAGCGCUCCCACCGGUGCUGCAGGACUUUGUGUCGUUACAUGCGGCGUUCCUCAAAGCCUUUUCACUCCACAUCGUUCAUAAUGGUCAAACCGCACCAGCCAACCUGGCUAGUUUGUCGGGCUCUGUUACGCGAUUAUGGAAGAAGCACACGGUCUCCAAAGAAGACAUACAACGCAUGCUGGCCAUCUAUGAAUUGGACGUUACGACACACUUUAGUGGCCGUCUCCUCAAACACCAGGAAGGACCGUUCAAGUUAACAAUGACCGGCAGUGACUACGUUCGGUACACCGUCGAGUACGUGGGCUGGGGGAGCAACAGACUGACGAGUUCACGUUGGGAUGAGUACAACCUGCAGCAGCUUUAUGAAGCAGAGGUCGAGGGUCUCUGGAUUUCGUCUCGGAAGAAUCCGAACUGCUGGGUUCACGGCGAGGUUCGCAACUUUCCGAAGCUAGAUUUUGCUGUUGGAGUUCAGACCCAAGCACGGAGAGCGAAAGCCGAAGCUGCUCGGAGGGAGAUCUUGGGACUUUCUACUCAAGCACAGAAUCGGCAGGGCGCACAGUUUGCAGUGCAGCCAAUCAAAGAUACCCAAGAUGCUGAAGUCCAGAAGCCGGAGACCGUUAAAAAUCGAACCCUCUCUCUGCUGGAUCGCGUCAGAGCCAAAGCGGUUGUGACUGCAUCGGCGGCAUCCGAAUCUCCAGACGCAGUCAUUCGCCGAUACGCCGUGGGCCGCAUCUCUGAAGUGGUCGAGAUUCUACGCAUGAAGCAACAACGAAAGUUGAGCUCGACCUUCAUCUCAUCGGUCCACUCGAGUCCAAGCAAAGUCCGCUCCAAAGUAUCAUUCAGCAUGAACCAGCUGAUCAACGAUAUCAAAGACAGCUUGAGGAUCCCCCUUGGAGACUCGGAGAUCAGGAUGUGCUUCAAGAUCCUCGAGUCUGAGAUCCCGGGCACGUGGCUCUCGACUCACGCUUUCGGGGCUGUCCAAAGUGUUAUUCUUAGUGGGCCUGGCUUGAGUGGUGUCAAGGUGAAAAAGAUCCUUGAUGAGCAAAUGUGUUGA